AUUUCCUUUAUCCACUUCUUCUCUGUACCCUUUUCUAGGGCUUAAAACAAUCUCUCCCUGAAACUUCCAGUUUCUUCUUCUUCUUCUUCGUCUUCUCCACCAAAAAUGUCAUCAUUAACGGCGAUGCAGCGAGCUGGUAACACGAUGAUUUCUUCAAUUUCAAAGGUACGAACUUCAAUUCCUUUACACUACAAUCGAACCCUAAAAAUUUCAUCAUUUUCGUCUCGAAACAGUAGAACUCUUACAACUUCUGCAAUCCCACACUACAACUAUGAUAGAACACCUAACAGUAAUGAUCCUAGAGGCUUCCAACGUGAUGGAGGAGGAGCUGGACCUGGAGGUUAUCCUCCUCAACGUGGAAACCCUAACCCAAAUCAGUGGAGUUCUCAAAAUCAACCUCAAAACCCAAAUCAGUGGAAUCCACAAAAUCAAGGGUACCAAAGACCUCCUCAAAAUCAAGGGUACCAAAGACCUCAGAAUCCACCUAGUCCUAAUCCUAAUUCAAAUCCACAGUGGAAUGCUCAAAAUCAAGGGUACCCAAAACCUCAAAACCCCAACUCUAAUCAAUGGAAUCCAAGGAAUCAAGGUUAUCCAAGACCUGAGACCACGAACCCUCCCAAUCAAUGGAAUAAUAAUAAUCAGGGUCAGAAUUAUAACCCACGCGGAAAUGCGAAUCCGAAUCAAUGGAAUAAUCAGGGUCAGAACUAUCCUUCUCCUCCUCCUCCUCCUCCAAGGGGGAACACUAGCACAAAUCUAUGGGAUAAUCAAGCGCAGAAUCAGAGACAAGUUGCGGUUAAUCAAGCCCCGCCUCCUCCUGCGGAUGUGCCACAAAAUGUUGAUGUGAUUGGUUUAUGUAAAGAGGGUAAGGUAAAAGAAGCUGUAGGUUUUAUUAUCCAAGGUGUUGUUGUUCCUGACGCGGAAGCCAUAUAUGCGUUACUGAAUUUGUGUGGGAAUCCGAAAUUUGUUGAUGAAGCGAGAAAAAUUCAUGGUUAUGUGAUGAGGUCUCAGUUCAAGGGUGAUCUUCAAAUGGUUAAUAAAUGUAUUGAGAUGUUUGGGAAAGCGGGGCUGAUGAAGGAUGCUCGUGCAGUGUUUGAUAGAUUGCCUGAGAAGAGUAUGGAUUCUUGGCAUUUGAUGAUGUAUGCGUAUGCAGCAAAUAGUCUUGGAGAUGACGGGUUGCAGUUAUAUGAGGAGAUGAGGAAAGUUGGUGUACGGCCUGAUCAAGAGACAUUUCUUGCAGUUCUUGCUUCUUGUGCUUCGGCUGAAGCAGUUGAAGAAGGCUUCAUACAUUUUGAAUCAAUGCAAACUGAUUUCAAAAUUACGCCUGGGAUUGAGCAUUAUUUGGGUCUCAUAGAUGUUUUAGGAAAAUCAGGGCAUGUUAAUGAAGCAGAGGAGUUUAUUCAGAACCUUCCGUUUGAACCAACAGCUCAAAUUUGGGAGGCUUUGAUGAAUUAUGGUCAAAUUCAUGGGGAUAUUGAUCUAGAAGAUCGUGCUGAGGAAUUGAUGACUCUACUCGACUCUUCCAAGGCUCCUAAAAACAAGUUGCCUACACCGCCACCAAAGAAACGCUCGAUGCCGAAUAACAUGCUUGAAGGGAAGAACAGAAUCGGGGAAUAUCGAUACAUUACUCCUUACAAGGCAGAGUUGGAGGAGAAGAAGGGUUUAAAUGGACAGAUGAAGCAAGCUGGAUAUGUGCCCGACACAAGAUAUGUUCUUCACGAUAUUGAUCAAGAGGCUAAAGAACAGGCUUUGCUUUAUCACAGUGAGAGGUUGGCAAUUGCUUAUGGUUUAAUUAGCACUCCAGCUAGGCAACCUCUUAGGAUUAUUAAAAAUCUUCGAAUUUGUGGUGACUGUCAUAAUGCAAUUAAAAUCAUGGCAAAGAUUGUUGGGAGGCAGCUUAUUGUUCGAGACAACAAAAGGUUUCAUCAUUUCGAGAAUGGAAAGUGUUCUUGCGGAGAUUAUUGGUAAGGAGUUUUCUAAUACUUCGAAGUUGCAUGGACUUCUGAUUUAAGGUACAUACCAGAAGUUUAUUUCCUUUUAUUUGACGUUUAUUGCUCAGAAGGAAAGGGAAUUACAUGUAACUUUCAUCUAUGAACUUUGUGCUGUCAGUAUUCACUUUUAUAUUGUAUUUUGUGAAGCUCGUGAAACAUCUCAUAGGGUAGGCUUGUUUCUGCAUGGUUAUAAUUUUCACUACUUUCAAUUUAUGGAUAAAUGAACUGAAUCUCAGUGAGAAGAACUUAAUACAAAUUAGUGUAAUUAGUUGCUUUUAAGAUUACGAGAUUAAUGAAGUUCUUUUUAUCUA